CUCGCUCUUUCCACAGCACAUUGUCUGUGCGGCCUCGACUUCCUUUCUGUGCGGAUUUCAUGGCGAGCCAUAGCGCGGAAGAGUUGAUUCGCCUACCGUGACCACACCGACCCGUGCAUCCACCUCCAGAAACGCGUUCUUUUCGGCUGCCGUUAUAAAGUCCGUGACGUCAGCAGGGUAGUUGGCUGGCUUUGACGUCAUCAGGUGUUUUAAGGAUUUUUGGGGUGGUUUCUGGACUGAACGCUGUGCUGUGUCCCCUCACCCUCUCUUUCGGCGUGUUGUGGCUGUAGCUGGUCUUACUGAAGAACUGCCAGUCGAUGGCUCUGAUGGACAAACACAAAGUGAAGCGGCAGAGACUGGACCGCAUCUGUGAAGGCAUUCGACCACCCAUCCUCAAUGGCCCCAUGCACCCUCGUCCUCUGGUGGCACUGCUGGAUGGGCGGGACUGUACGGUGGAGAUGCCCAUCCUGAAAGACGUGGCCACCGUGGCCUUUUGUGAUGCCCAGUCUACCCAGGAGAUCCACGAGAAGGUCUUAAACGAGGCUGUUGCUGCUUUGCUCUACCACACCAUCACGCUCUCGCGAGACGACCUGGACAAGUUUAAAGGUCUUCGGGUCAUUGUGAGGAUUGGCAGUGGGUUUGACAAUGUUGAUAUAAAAGCUGCAGCAGAGCUGGGUAUAGCAGUGUGUAAUGUGCCAGCCGCGUCUGUGGAGGAGACGGCAGACACCGCAAUGUGUCUAAUUCUGAAUCUGUACCGCCGCGUCACCUGGAUGCAUCAGGCUCUGCGCGAGGGCACCCGUGCCUCCAGCGUGGAGCAGAUCCGGGAGGUGGCAGGAGGCGCAGCACGUAUUCGAGGGGAAACGUUGGGCAUCAUUGGACUGGGACGUGUUGGCCAAGCAGUUGCUCUGAGGGCAAAGGCCUUUGGGUUUGGAGUGAUUUUCUAUGACCCAUACCUGCCAGAUGGGGUGGAGCGAUCACUAGGCCUCCAGCGCAUGGCGACACUACAGGACCUGCUCAUCCACUCAGACUGUGUGUCGCUACACUGCAGCCUAAAUGAGCACAACCACCACCUCAUCAAUGACUUCACCAUCAAACAGAUGCGUCAGGGUGCUUUCCUCGUGAACACGGCGCGUGGUGGUCUGGUGGAUGAGAAAGCUCUGGCCCAGGCUCUGAAAGAGGGCAGAAUUCGGGGAGCAGCCCUGGACGUCCAUGAGACAGAGCCCUUCAGUUUCUCUCAGGGCCCACUAAAGGAUGCCCCAAAUCUUAUCUGUACCCCACACACAUCCUGGUACAGUGAACAGGCCUCAAUUGAGGCCAGAGAGGAGGCGGCGCGGGAGGUGCGCAGAGCCAUCACAGGUCGUAUCCCAGACAGUCUGAAGAACUGCGUGAAUAAGGAGUAUUUGAUGGCAACCUCUCAGUGGCCAUCUAUGGAGGCCACCACCGUGCACUCUGAACUCAACGGAGCUGCAGCGUAUAGGUUCCCUGCAGGGCUGAUUGGCGUAGCAGCAGGCGGGCUGCCUGGAGCUGGGGUAGGAGUGGAGGGCAUUGUGACUGGAUCUCUGCCUCUGGCCCACGGCAUCGCCCCGGUCUCACACCCGCCUCACACCCCAUCGCCCGGGCAACCCUCCAAGGCCGAGGCAGACAGAGACAUCCCUUCCGACCAAUAGCAUCCCAGCACAUUCCAUCUUUGCCCUGAUCGAUGCCCUUUCACCUCACCCGGGGGGACUGACGCCCCUGCUUUCGAUGUGAUUUUGGGUCACCCCAGUCCAACAGAACAUGUGUACAAACCCAGGAGUGAAACCCUCUACCCUGAACGUACCCCUCAUUUCCACCCGCUCUAUCCUCUGUUGUAUACUUUGGCAGAAAGCAAUAACUUCUCUCAAGGAUUCAAUAAUUGGGUUGAUGCACACUAUUUCUAAGCUACGAAAUCCCAGUUUUUUUUGCUUUGUAUCUACUCUGGACUAGUUGGAGUUUGUUUCCGAGUAGUGUUUCUUACAUUUCUGUUCUUUUCUUAUCUGUUUUAACAGGCGUGGAAAUAAACGCAUGGACCUUGUUUUCUUUCCUUUGUCCCCUGCCCAUCCUCCUCCUAGCAUACAUUUGUAAAACCUUCUCAACCUGUCCCAUCUUAGCAAACGUUUGAUCAUCAAAACACAGUAACAGCUGGCUAACGUCUUUGAUUAGAUUCAGCAGCCAUCAGCAAUUAUUUCACAGCUGGUGUUCAAUAACAGAGAUCAAGGCUAAUGGUUAUGGCCCGUGGCUAAGAGUAACAGUCCAAGGGAAGAGCUCAGAUGUUUCGCGUUCCUCUCACUCUCUCUUCACGUGGAAGGCAUCUUCUAGAAUUGUCCAGUUUCUCUCUCUCUUUUUGCGGAAACCAAGAGAGCUUCGCCCCCAGAGCUGUUGGGGGUUUGAUCAUGUGCUCCACUUAAGUCACAAGAUUUACAGCGUCCGUAAUGCCUGAGAUCUGCAUAAGUGUCACUGAAAUCACAUACGUGAGAUUCCAUCGUCCUGUGAUGGCCGAAUUCAUUUUAUUUUGUGUGCUGCUUUGUGAACAGCUUGAUAAUGAUGAUGGGAGAUCGCUCAUAGGCAGCCAGCUUCAUAAAUGAAAGUUUCAAACAAAGCCAUAUUCAUGCAGUGUAUAACAUUGCUGAUUUAACAAGACACAACUGCAAGAUUUGUGACACCUUAAGCCUACCUUCAAAAAGACAAAAGAGGCUCAUUUUACAAUGUGUGCGUACAACAUUGACCUCCGCUCGACUCAUACUGAGAUCCACCAUAGCUAAGCUGAUAACAUUGGCACCUUUUUUUAUUCGUAGCCAUUUGAAAAGAUUUGCCUUGUUUUCCAUAUCUUCUCUCUGUCCUGGAUUAUCUCUUGCUGUACUUCCUCCUCGUGCCUCCUUUUUCCGAUUAGGCCUUCUCUUUGUGACGCGGCGAGGCACACUUGUCCACCCUUCACCCACUCGUCCUCCAACUGUGUAGCGCAUCCGCCCGCCCUGCCCUUCCUCCUCCCCACAAGGCACUUAAACUCUUAACACACUCAAACACAUUUUCAUACAGACCUGGUUUAGGCGAGCUGUGCUCUGGAGGCUACAGUACCAUUGAAGGCCAGCAGGUGGCGACGACUCGCUUUCCCCCUCAGGUUCACGGCUGAUUAAUUCAUUCGUUUCUUGCACAGAGAGCCUCUUGAAGGUUUAGGAGAGAUUCAGUCAGACCUGUUGUGGGCCGCACCAUAUGUCGCUCAACGUCGACACUCUUCCAGAUACUCAGGAUGGGUGAUGUGCCGGCUCUGCGCCACACUAAAUUAAAGCAGGUCAUUUACCCAGAGCUUGACAUUAUCAUGGCUGUCUUCUAUGAUAUCAGCCUUCGCUUUCUCUGCGUUUUCACCAUUUAGAGCACAGGAGAUAAGGUGGAAAGAAUGUAAAAGCUAGGUCACUGGAACGCUGGUUGCUUUCCAAAGAAGGCAGGAGAGUGUCUCGGGGUAGCCUUCUGUCUGAAGAGAAAGGCCUUUCUAGUACCUCAGUAACAGAUAUUGAAUGUAUGCUCAAAUCUUUCUCGCUUUGUACAGCUUUUCUUUUUUUUUUUUUAGAUAAUAGGUUCCAUUUCUGAGGGGGUGUGUAUGCGUCUGCAUGUAUGUGACCGUGUGUGACUGCUUAUCCACUGCAUCAGUUAUUCGCAAAGCUGUUUUGUUUUCUUCCUCCAAGCAUAGGAUGUCUAUUGUUUCAUUAGAUGUAGUUUGAAUCUCAGGCUUUAGCUUUAGGAAGUUCUCGAUCUGUAAUUUUCUGUAUAAAGGAGCACAGUUUCAUGUCUUCGUCGAGAUGUAUGCUAAUAAACGGAGGAGGUUUUGAAACUCGGGUAGAUUUGCUACCUGCAAACAGGCCGAUUUUGAUAGCUGUCGUAAGUGUCCCGAAUGGUGGUCGUCCUCAGUUGUCAAUCCUCUUGGAUUCAUGCAUGAUAAUGAGAUGGUCGUACCUAUCAGGCCCCUCCCCCUCGCUUCCCCAUUGGCUACGUGUUGAUGAAUUUUGAGUGACAUGCAGCUUUUCUUAGACUGAAGUGAUGCCCUUUAUUCUCGUCAAGACUGUAAAGUUUCUCUGUACUACAGCAUUUUUGAAUUUUUCGAGUUUCUUCUUGCAUUAUCGUGGUGUUGCUUUCCCGUCAGCAUCAUCCAGCUUUGAUAUGAGAUGUGCACUGUGUGUUAAAACCAAGAAAUUAGAAGUUUUGAUCUAGUUUGUGUCAUUCAGUGUUCAACAUGUUGUAUUGAAACAUUUCAAGACGAGUGUUGUUGGAUACUAUGACCCUCAGCAUCCCGUUUCCCGUCUUCGUCCUGUGCUCCCCUUGCGGCCUUAAUGUCGUAGAUCGUGGUGGGCUUGGUGAAUCUGUUUCUCGAUGAAACCCCCGACCUCUCCUCUUUCCCCAGCAGACACACAUGCAAGAGAGUGGAGGCUGUUUUCUUUAGCCAUAUGUUGCUCAUAUAUCUGGAGAACACAAAUGGCUUUCACUUUGAGGUGUGAAAUGCUCAGGCACUAUGAAAGACCCUUUCAGGAGCCGCCGAUGUGGUUAAAUCUAGUCCGUGAAGGGAGGCUGGAGAGGACAGAUAUGGACAGUCGGUUUCUCUCUCAGGGUUCUAACACACAAACACACAUCCCACAGCCACCAGUUACACUCUUAACUCCAUCCCAAUGAAGAUCGUGUUGUAGAUCUCCGGAGCUCUCUUACACAGUCCAUCUUUCAACAGUGAGUGUCCCUCUGUGAUAGUUUUCCUUUCUAUCACUCUCUUCUCCUUUCUUUUUGCGUAUUUGUCGCACUGACACCUAACAACAGAAGAAUGAAUGUUUUAAUAGAACUGCGUGUAACGUUGAAGUUGGGAAAUGUAUUUUUACAACAUGUGAACUUUUUAUUCCUUUCUCUUACCUUCUUUUUGUUGUGAAUUGA